GAGCAUGGAAGGCGCACGGAUGGGCUGCGGCUGCCCGCCCUUGGCGGCGCUGCCCUGCCGCAGCUGCUCCCAGGGCCCGCACGGGUCCGCGCCCUUCUGGAGACCCUGGGUGGCCGCUCAGGGCGAGGCGGCCCGGCGGCCCGGCCCCGGCCCCGCUGUGGCUCACAGCCCCUGUGGGCUGGCGGAAGCCUCCCGAAAGCUGGCGCAGUACACGCACCCCGUGAGACUAUUCUGGCCCAAAUCAAGGUGCUAUGAUUACUUAUACCAGGAAGCUGAAGCACUUCUGAAAAACUUUCCAGUUCAAGCUACAAUUUCUUUUUAUGAAGACUCAGAUAGUGAAGAUGAUGAUGAACUAGAACAAGAUUCAAGAACAGAAUCAGAUUGCUGAUUGCAGGAAAAGCCAAGACUACUUCCAU